AUGUUAUCUCGUAAAAACAAGGACUUAAGGACAAUGAAAGAAGGCGUCGUUGGUAAAUAUGUGAAAAAAGAAACGCCCCCUGAAAUCCCGAUCAUAAACGUGUGGUCCACAGAGCCUUUGCGAAAGUCACCACAGCGAAGGAACGCGAGCCCUUUUCCGCAGGCCAAGCCAGGUCAUCAGACGACCAUCGCACAGAAGUAUGGCAGUGCGCAGGGCAUGCCGAGCGCCCUCACGGGGCACGAGGGCAAGUACACGCAAAGUAGCUCAGUGCCUGACCUGGCGCACAAGUUCUCAGGUCUCUCCGUUGCCCCUCGCGUCGCCACGGACGCCGCCUCCGGUAGCAGCAGUGGCAGCAGAUUUGUCCAUCCUACAGCCACUGACAUUUCCCUUCUCACUCCUGUCACUGGACAGUACUCAGGGUCAGAUUUCAACCUGCACAAGAUACCCACGCCUCAACUGAGUCCGAACUAUUUAUCUGUCCAUGAUAGCUCUGACUGUAGUGAUUUCCAUGAGCCAUGUAUGGCUGGCUACCCACAUAACAUUGAAGACCCAGUAGCCCACCCUUUACCGCUACACUUUCUUUCAGAGUCUGCUGUUCAUUAUCGCCAGAGGCUGCAAUCACAUGUUCAGAACAUGCCAGUAUCUGCACAUAAUGUGUAUCAGCAUAAUAGUGGGGAUGACUCUUUGUCUGCCAAUGUGAAUAUUGAACAAGGGGAAGAAAUGCCUCUACCUCCUGGUUGGUCUGUGGACUAUACCAUGAAAGGACGGAAAUACUACAUUGACCACAACACAAAAACAACACAUUGGAGUCAUCCUUUGGAGAAGGAAGGUCUUCCCACAGGCUGGGAGAGAAUAGAUUCCCCAGAGUAUGGUGUAUACUAUGUGAACCACAUCACCAGACAGGCUCAGUAUGAGCAUCCGUGUGUUCCUCGGUACAUCUAUCCGCAAGAAGUUAGAAGUCAGCCUCAAGUGCAACCUCGGCUAGCACCAGUUCCUCCACCAGCCCCACCUCCUCGACAUACACAUUUCCAUCCACACAAUGUCCUAGUGCCUGCAAACCCUUACCUCAAUGAAGAAAUUCCCCUGUGGCUAGUGGUUUACUCACGAGCUGCUCCAGAACUUGAUCAUAAGCUUCGUUGGGAGAUGUUUCGUCUCCCAGAGUUGGACUGCUUUAAUGCCAUGUUAACACGCCUUUAUAAGCAGGAGCUUGAGGAGAUUGUUAUGCGCUAUGAAGCUUAUAGGGCAUCACUCCUAUGUAGUAUGGAGCACCAAGUAGUAGAAAGUGAAUCUAAGACAACAAAUGAGAUAUUAAAGGAAACAGCCCUUGCUCAGGAUAUUGAAACUAAAGUAUAA